CCGUGAUUCCGGCUCGAUUGCGGUUCCUGAAGCUUGUGCACGAGCAGCGCUGAGAUCAGCUGGAAAAGCGCGAGUCGAUCGGAUGUUUUUAAACGCAUAUGUGUAUUAACGCGUUUCAAAGCCUUCAUAACAACAGCUGAUUCUCUUUAUUCACGGAGAGUGUGGUUGUGUCUGUUAAUGUAUUACGGGGUUGUCACGUGCUGUGCUGUCAUUCACCUCACGUCAAUGCGGACUCGAGUCGGAAUCAUCAAACGCGAUUGAUUCAGUGUGUCUGUUUCGCGUCGUAAGGGUGUAAAAUGUGUAUUACAGGGUUGUAACGGUUGUUUUUGCAUGUGAUCGGAACCGCAGUGCGCGACUGCAGGCCUGAAAUCGAACGGAAUGAUCGAACGCGCGUGCCCGAUUCAGUCCUCGUGACGUCACGGAGUUCCUUCGGUGCGUUUUGACAGGUUCUCGCGGCGGUUAGUUUAACGUUUCCUCGGGUUUCGUAGGUCUCGGUGCCGCCGAUUCACCGCGACAUGGACCUGAAUUUUUACGCGGAUCUCUCGGACGGAAGCGGGAAUCCCGGUGACCCGGAGUUCCUGGAUCCGCAGGCGUUUAACGGGUUCGAUGCCGUCCAGAAGUUCCCAGGAGGCAAUGACAACUUCCUGUCCAUCAGCGACGAGGGGCAUCACUUCCUGUCCUCCUCAGAGGUACGACUCUCCACGUUCCCCGCGCAAAUCCAGCACGCAGAGACGUUUCACACUCCCAGUCUGGGUGACGAGGAGUUUGAGAUCCCGCCGAUCUCGCUGGACCCGGACUCCCUCACACACACACUCACACACACAGACUCGGCGCUCGGCGUGUCGGCUCACUUCGGGGAGGGCUCCGGUGUUCCCGGGAACGCUGUGGUGGGAGGAAACGACCCGUCGUUCGCAUCGACCUUCGUGAGCGCGCCGGCGCCGCUGGAGCACCUGAGCCUGAUGGAUCUCGGCCAUCCGAUUGGCUCUCAGUUCAGUAGCUCUUCUCCGAUGACCAUCGACGUCCCUCUGAGUGACAUGAACCACGGCCUGUUGGGCCACAACCAGCUGACCACCAUCGACCAAUCAGAGCUCAGCGCGCAGCUCGGCCUGAGUCUAGGGGGCGGAGCCAUCCUGCCCCGCCCACAGUCCCCUGACCAGCCGCUGUCCGCCACCGACUCGCCGUCCGACUCGCUGCACGACGACGACAUGGACGAUUUCAGACGGAAGAGCGUUCUGGUGGAUUCUCCGGUGUCUCUGUCCGUGUCUCCGGGCGUUAUCGCUCUCUCUCCGUCUCUGCCGGACCAUCCCGUCCCAGCAUCCUCUGCUCCCGUACGCAAAGGAGUCGGCGGGAAGAAGGGCCGGAAGAAGAAAGACCCGAACGAGCCGCAGAAACCCGUGUCGGCGUACGCGCUGUUCUUCCGGGACACACAGGCCGCCAUUAAAGGCCAGAAUCCCAACGCCACGUUCGGAGAGGUGUCCAAGAUCGUCGCCUCCAUGUGGGAUAGUUUGGGAGAAGAGCAGAAACAGGUGUACAAGAGGAAGACGGAAGCGGCGAGGAAGGAGUACCUGAAGGCGCUGGCCGCUUAUAAAGCCAGUCAGUUAACGCAGCAGCCGACUAUAGAAGUGUUGGACGCCCCCCCGUCUCCUCCUCCUGCUCCACCCGUUGCUCCGCCUCCCGCCCCCACGCCUGCCGCGCCCGCGCCGCGCUCCUCCCGCAUCCCCGUCCACGCGCCCGACAACAACACCAUCACCAACAUCUGCACGUCCAACAUCAUCUUAGACCUGCCGCAGGUGACGACACGCUCGCGCACGGGCGCGCACAAGCCCCCGCCUCCGGCCCCGCCCACUCACAAGCCCCCGGCCCCGCCCACCGUCAGCAAGAUCAUCAUCUCCAGGCAGCAGCUUCAGUCGCCCCGUCAGCCGCCGCCCCUCCAGCAGAUGCAGAACACGCCUCCCCCCCCGCGGCUGCAGCAGAUGGUGCACUCCCAGGCUCCGCCCCCUCUGCUAGCGAAACCGCGCGGAGCCGCCGCCCUCGCGGGACAGGUGGUUGCCACGGCGCCGCCGCCGCCUCUGCAGAUCAAGAUCGUCCCGCAGAGCGACGCCAGUGCGCCGAUAAUCGUGACCCCGCUCGCAUCAUCGGCCGCCGCCGCGCUGGAGGUGCCGCCACCCGCCGCCAUCGUCGCCACCCUGUCGCCGUCGGCAACGGAGGACGCGCCGGAGGAAGCGAUGGAGGUGGAGCUCAGUGUUUCUCCGGCUCCGGCCGACGCUCCCAGUGUGUGUGUGUGUGUCCGCGCCGGCUGCAACAACCCGCCUAUAGAGAGCAAAGACUGGGACCGAGAGUAUUGCAGCAACGAGUGUGUGGCCACCCACUGCAGGGACGUGUUCAUGGCCUGGUGUGCGAUCCGAGGACAGAACUCCACCACCGUCACAUAGAUGGACAGAUCAGUGCAGAUCCACAGACUCAAUCAUGGCUUUCUCAAACUAACUACUUUAUGAGUAUUUAAAACGAUUUAGUUAAGGUAAGUGUGUAUCUGAAGGUGUUUGUGAAACACAGGCCAGAAACGGUUCAUGAGCUGCGCUCGUGUGUGUGUGUCUGCGUACAGGAUGUUCUGAAUCACGAAAGACUGGUUUAAAACCCUGAGGUGAAUUUCCCGCUCGACUGUAUUUUAAACGAGGCUUUGAUCUUCCGGCUCUUCCAAACAUUGACCACUGUCAAUGCCCAGAAUUAUGUGGUUACUAUGGUUACCAGCAGCAGUUUAUACCCAGAAUUCCGUGGUUGCUAUGGUUACAGCUACAGUUUAUGAUCAUAAUUCCGUGGUUGCGAUGGUUACCAGCUACUGUCUAUGCCCAGAAUUCUGUGGUUGCUAUGGUUACCUGCUACAGUUUAUGUCCAGAAUUCUGUGGUUGCUAUGGUUACCAGCUACUGUCUAUGGCCAGAAUUCUGUGGUUGCUAUGGUUACCAGCUACAGUUUAUGUUCAGAAUUCUGUGGUUGCUAUGGUUACCAGCUACCGCCUAUGCCCAGAAUUCUGUGGUUGCUAUGGUUACCAGCUACUGUCUAUGCCCAGAAUUCCAUGGUUGCUAUGGUUACCAGCUACAGUUUAUGUUCAUAAUUAUGUGGUUGCUAUGGUUACCAGCUACUGUCUAUGCCCAGAAUUCCAUGGUUGCUAUGGUUACCAGCUACAGUUUAUGCCCAUAAUUCUGUGGUUGCUAUGGUUACUGCUACAGUGGAGAUUCCGCACAGCGUUCUAAAAAGCGGUUUGAGAUUUCAUAUUUAUUGUGAUUUUGUUAUGUUGUAUAUUUGCGUUGAUGCAUUUGGCAGACGCUUUUAUCCAUUGCAUUUGAUUAGUUCAGACAUUCCCUGGGAAUCCCUCCCGUGAACUGGAGAAAAAGGGAAAAGGUUGGUUUACUGUAGUACUUUUUUGCUUUAUUAUCUUUUUACAUCAUCAGGAGUAAAACUUACUGUGAUGCUGUGGGACAAAAAACAGUGCAUUUUAUAUUAGGGAAAUGUACAGGAAAUGACAU